GAAAUUGUGACGUGUGUUCUGGGCAGGGUUUGAGGUUUUGGAACAUUUUCUAAAAGCACCCUGCUACAUUUCCUAAUCAAGAAGUUGGUGUGCAGCCGGGGGAGCUGGACUGAGUUGGUCAUGAUGCAGAAGCUACUCAAAUGCAGUUGGCUCGUCCUGGCUCUUGCCCUAAUCUUGGUUCUGGAAUCCUCAGUUCAAGGCUAUCCUAUGCAGAGAGCCAGGUACCAAUGGGUGCGCUGCAAUCCAGACAGUAAUUCUGCAAACUGCCUUGAAGAAAAAGGACCAAUGUUCGAACUACUUCCAGGUGAAUCCAACAAGAUCUCCCGUCUGAGGACUGACCUUUUUCCAAAGACAAGAAUCCAGGACUUGAAUCGUAUCUUCCCACUUUCUGAGGACUAUUCUGGAUCAGGCUCCGGCUCCGGCUCUGGAUCAGGAUCUGGGAAUGGCUUCCUAACUGAAAUGGAACAGGAUUACCAACUAGUAGAUGAAAGUGAUGCUUUCCAUGACAACCUUAGGUCUCUUGACAGGAAUCUGCCCUCAGACAGCCAGGACUUGGGUCAACAUGGAUUAGAAGAGGAUUUUAUGUUAUAAAAGAGGAUUUUCCCACCUUGACACCAGGCAAUGUAGUUAGCAUAUUUUGUGUAGCAUGGUUAAAUGAUUAAUCUUGGGACAAAGAAUUUUAUAGAAAUUUUUAAAUAUCUGAAAAAGAAGCUUAAGUUUUAUCAUCCUUUUUUUCUCAUGAAUUCUUAAAGGAUUAUGCUUUAAUGCUGUUAUCUAUCUUAUUGUUCUUGAAAAUACCUGCAUUUUUUGGUAUCAUGUUCAACCAACAUCAUUAUGAAAUUAAUUAAGAUUCCCAUGGCCAUGAAAUGGCUUUAAAGAAUGUAUUUUUUAAAAAAAAUAGCUUGAGAAGCAAAUUGGCAGGUAAUAUUUCAUACCUAAAUUAAGAAUCUGACUUGGAUUGUGAAUUAUAGAUAUGCCCCUUUUCUUAUAAAAACAAAACAAAAAAAUAAUAAAACACAGUGAAUUUGUAGAGUGGGGGUAUUUGACAUAUUUUACAGUGUGGAGUGUACUAUAUACUAUUACCUUUGAAUGUGUUUGCAGAGCUAGUGGACGUGUUUGUCUACAAGUAUGAUUGCUGUUACAUAACACCCCAAAUUAACUCCCAAAUUAAAGCACAGUUGUGCUCUCAAUACCUCAUACUGCUUUACCUUUUUUUCCUGGAUAUCUAUGUAUUUUCAAAUGUUACUAUAUAUUAAAGCAGAAAUAUAACCAAA